AAGGAAGGGAGAUAGACCAAAGGCAUGGAACCGGUCUUCUCCCCAGGUGGCGUAUUCGAGCGUUGCGAUCACCUCUCAAAUUAUGAUGUAUUAAAUUAUGAUGUAUUAAAUUAUUAUGAUAAAAUUUGAUGUAAUUUGAAUGCGCGCUUCAACGUUGAUCAAAGUUUUCGAUAGUGUCAAAGCACCUUAAAGUGAGAAGGGCUCCGCAGACGUAUGAGUAAAGUUUAACCUUAAAAAACUUUCAGCGGUUACUCCAUGUUCACUGCUCGUCCGGUUGUGCUGAUUUACCCACUCUUCCCUCCUUCCUCCCUUUAGAAGCUGAAAGAAAGCCGGUACUUGCUUAAUUGUUAUUAUUCAGCUAUUUAUUAUAAAAAAUCAGUUUAUUUUAUUAAACUUUUAUCCAUCCUGCCGUAAAAAUGAGCGGAGACAAACCAGAACCUGAACAAUUCCGUAAGCUGUUUGUGGGUGGCCUAAAUUACAAAACCACUGAAGAGACAUUAAAAAGUCACUUUGAACAAUGGGGAGAAAUAGUAGACUGUGUAGUAAUGAAGGAUCCUCACACAAAAAAAUCAAGAGGCUUUGGGUUUGUAACAUUUAAGAGAGCACACAUGGUGGAUGACGCUCAAAAUGCAAGACCUCAUAAAAUUGAAGGCAGGGAAGUUGAACCUAAGCGAGCAGUUCCAAGAGAGGAUUCUGGCAAACCUGAAGCUCAGGUAACUGUUAAGAAAUUAUUUGUUGGCACUCUUAAGGAUGAUGUUGAGGAAGAAGAUCUUAAAGAGUAUUUUGGUGAAUAUGGUAAUAUUGUUAGUGUGACCAUUGUUGUUGACAAAGCUACUCAGAAAAGAAGAGGCUUUGGAUUUGUGGAGUUUGAUGAUUAUGACCCUGUUGACAAAGCUGUGUUAAGAAAACAUACUAUCAAGGGUAAACGAGCAGAAGUGAAGAAGGCUCUCUCCCGGCAAGAAAUGGAUACCAUUAAGCGAAAGAAAGAAAUGGGUGGUGGAUAUGGAGGUGGUCGUGGCGGAGGAGAUGGAUAUGGAGGUGGUUAUGGUGGAGAUAGCUACGGAGGUGGAUAUGGAGGAGGAGCCUGGGACAAUGGAGGUGGCUAUGACAACGGUUACGGAGGUGGCUCUGGAUAUGGACCUAGUGGUGGAAGUGGAUGGAGAGAUGAUUAUGGUAGUAGUUAUGGAGGUGGACCAAUGAGAGGUGGUGGUGGAUAUUCUCAACGCAGCCAAGGUCCCUAUGGUGGUGGCCGAGGUGGCGGAUUCAGAGGUGGUCGAAGAUAAAAGCAUUUAUUGUCUUGGGGAUCUUUUUAAGUUAUUUCUCAGCUAUCCACAGCAAUGCUUUUAAUAUACUAUUCAAAUGGCUAAUCAUCUGAAAGUAGUGAAGGAAUUGGAAUCAUAUUAAAGAGCCUGGAUAACUUUAAGCAUCAAUCUCAUUUACCAACGAUAUGUGGAUUAUAUACUGUACAUUAAUUCAAACCAUCUUGUCUUAUUUCCCCAAGACUGGACUCAUGUAUCAUCUCAGUAUUUAAUGUCAUUUUUUAUCGGACAUAGUAAAUUCCAUCUAUUUGCUUUUAAGCUCCAUCAUUUCAUACAGUUUAAUAAAUAAAUGUGAGUCACUUUGGGAA